AAACAUGCCUGAACCCGCCAAGUCCGCGCCCAAGAAGGGCUCCAAGAAAGCCGUGACCAAGACCGCCGGGAAAGGCGGCAAGAAGAGGAGAAAGAGCAGGAAGGAGAGCUACGCCAUCUACGUGUACAAGGUGCUGAAGCAGGUCCACCCCGACACCGGCAUCUCCUCCAAGGCCAUGGGCAUCAUGAACUCGUUCGUCAACGACAUCUUUGAGCGCAUCGCCUCUGAAGCGUCUCGUCUGGCUCACUACAACAAACGCUCCACCAUCACCUCCAGGGAGAUCCAGACCGCCGUGCGCCUCCUGCUGCCCGGGGAGCUGGCCAAGCACGCCGUGUCCGAGGGAACCAAGGCCGUCACCAAGUACACCAGCUCCAAGUAGACCAACACCCAACGCAAACCAACGGCUCUUUUAAGAGCCACACACCCAAUCUGCAGAGCAUGAAACUUCCAGCAACAUAACAUGAAUAGUAAAUAAUCAUUGGUCUGGGGUUUGUAACAAUUUGCUAUUGUUUACAUAUACGUUCAUUGGAACUGUUAUUUUACAUUGCAGGAGAGUUGCUACACGGACAGUUUUUGAGUGAUGCACCACGCAUGAACAGGUUGGGCUGUUAUCUUAUUGACUCGUGUGCUAAAACUAUAAUAAACUAUAACCCACAUGGGUUGAAAUAAGAAAUUAUGUAGUCAUUGAUGCAUGAAAGACAGAAUUGUAACAGGGUUAAGAAUAAACUCUAAAAUUAUAAAUCCACAAAGGUGCAAGUAAUGCAUGACAGAAAUCAUUUAUUCCAUUCAGCAUUGUUAAAGCACAUCAAAUACCUUCUGACAUGGUUGAGCUGAAUGAUUCUAAUUAAAAUAAUUGUACCAGACAGUAAAAUACAUUACUUUUUUUUUUUCAAAUAAAUUGUAAGAUGGUUUAUUUGUUGAACAUCAGCAUUAAUUUGUAUAAUUUUAAGUUACUUAAAAAUGACUCAACUCCAAUGACCGCUUGAUUAAACUGUUUGCGAGGUUGGACUUUGUUCCCUCUGAGUCUAAUUUAAAUGUGUGUUUAGGAUACCUGUCAAAUCUCCCGUUUUGGCCGGGAAACUACUGUAUUUUACCUCUUUCCCACCGUCCUCCCGUAUUAGUAACUUCUCGUUUUAUAAUAUUUUUAAAGAUCAUUCCUCUGCCUCUCCUAACUGAAUUGUAACCGGCCACGUGAGAACUGCCCCCUGCUGUAGUUUGGUUCUGGCGAGGUUAGUGGCAACAACUCAGAGAUGGAUGGAUGUAACCAGAGAAGGCUAGUGCCGACAAAGCAAAGACUUUGUUUAAAUAUCUCUUAAAGUGGGAUACCAAAUUUACUUCCUUAAAGAGGAGCAAGAUGGGGCAGAGCGCCACAUGACUUAAAAUGACAAAUUAAAAAAU